AAUACCUAUCAUUUGUCAAAGUCAUAUCGGUCUACAAACGAGUUUUUUACAAUCACAUGUAUUUUAUUAUUGUAUCUCUAUGCUAAACCAUGUGUUAUUAACCAUUGAAAAUGGGCAAAGAUACAUUUUACGAAGUAACACGGCGUACUAUACCUAUAAUAAAGAACGAAGCCGCACGUUUGUCAUGGAAUAACAAUAUUUUGAGCGUUCGUCUAACGAAACGUUUAAAUUUCUUCGAAUAUUCUUACAAUUUAGAAUGUUUGGACAAAAAAUUAGACUUAAUAGAGAGUUGUUUGUCUAGUCCAAAGGACAGCCCUGCUACAGACUUGUGUAACAGUAAAUUUAUUAGGUCGGAGAUGCGAAACAUUGAUUAUACUGAAAUGAUAGUUAACUCAUCAUUUUGGCCUCACAAUGCUUCUCUGACCCAGGAGAUGACAAGUAUUACCAUGAUUGAGUGGUCUCCACCAAAUUACUUUAAGCACGAAGCAGUGUUAGCCAUCCUAAACAACAUUGGUGGUGUCGAAUUCUUCGGUCACCCACAGUUAAAAUGGAAAAGCUUACUGAACUUUACCCCACAUAUAAUUUCAAAUCUUCAGUACAAUAAGUCGCCAAAAGUCUUUGAAGAAUUAAAAGAAUCUGUUUACAUAGUUGAAACAUCAGCAAUUUGUUGGGCAAGAGAAUUGAACUCGGACAAGUCAUGCUAUUUUGUGACGGCACAGAAAAAUGGAAACUUAUUAUUCUGGAAGAUAGACAAUGAUAUGAAAACUGUAAAGCUUGUAGGAAGCAAGCAAACAGAUCUGACGGAAAUAAACCAAAUGCUGUGGAUUCAGAAACCAGACAAUAAAAAAUGUUUAAUAUGUGCGGACUCAUUGGGUCUUAUAAGCAUCUAUGAAUUUAAAAUUGAAGAAGACAAGAUAAAUGUGAAUGAGACUCAUUCCCUCUGGAAAUCAAAAGACCGAAUGAUUGCACACAACUUAAACUAUAUCGUUCUAAACAAUCACAUAGUAUUUAUAUGCAGUAAACAUAGACACCUAUUAAUACAAGUUCUUGAUAAAAGCAACAAAGUCGUAACAGAAUAUUUGAACAAUGUUAACGAUCACCGAAUUGUGCAAAUAACUAUUACAAAUGAUGGUAUUUAUUUAGCUACUGUAAAUGUUCAAAUAUACAAAAUGAUUAUGAAUUACAUUGGUGGGCACUUGAGUGUUGAUCUAACUGCAUUGGACAUAAAAGAUCCAUUUACGAAUCAUGACUUAUUCAGCAUACAAUUUUCAAAAAAUAACAUGUUGUGUGCUCUAGCAAUGAUUGAUAGGAAAGUGCUGUGCAGAAAAGAGCAACAUAAAAUUCAGAUUGCCUUUCUAAGUACUGAUGCAAAAUUAGAAUCUGCACUCACAAAAUUAAUGGAUAGCCCUACUAAGAAGCUUACGGAGUAUUGGGAUUGCAUUGAGUUGUUACGGUUUCAAAUAACCAAGCUAAAAGUGACACCGAAGGUAGAUUUUGAUGCACUAUACCAAUCUGGUUUCCAAAAUAUUUAUAUCAUGAAAAUUUAUUUGGUUCUAGUUAUUUUCUUUAGCAACUUAAAGAAAGUACUGCGGUUGUCUUCGAAUGUUAAACUACCCGAAAUGUCAGUUGAGACCGUAAGGGAGCGCAUAUUAAACUUACAUGCAAAAUCAAUAUUAGAAGUGCUACGGAAGAAAUAUCAGAAAGAAGAACAAUUAACUGAAGAUGAAAUAGCAUCUCUGUAUGGCUGUAACAAAUAUCUAGAAUACUAUGCGUCAAAGUACAAAACCAAUUUGGAUCUGGACAAAAGUGUGUUCAAUGAAAUGAAAAAUAAUUUUGAAUAUACAUGCCAGUGUUGUGAUAGUAAAAUUGAUGGUUUUACAUGUGGACAGGGGCAUUUGAAUAUGUUUUGUAUGGAGACCUUUACUCCUAUAAAUGGUUAUGAUUAUUUAGUGUGUAGAAGCUGUGGUACGACUGCCAAGUGUGAACUGCCAUCUGAAAACCCGACAUGUGUGUUUUGUGAUAUGUGUUUAGUAAGACCUGAUUAAUGUUUGUUUUUUGUAUAUUUAUUUUUGUAGAAUAAAACAUAUUUUCAUUUUCGA